AUGAUAUGUAUCAAUUGUACUCACCCAGCAGAAUCCCUUUAUGUAAUUUAUUCACAUAACCAUAUUCAAUUAACAGAUUGCUCUCAUUGUGGUUCAGAGGUUGACAAAUAUGUGGAAAUUGAUAAUGUGAUUCUUUUUAUCGAUCUCUUACUUUUAAAACCUGGUGCUUAUAGACAUUUAGUCUAUAAUUCCUUAGAAUCCCAAUUCUUGUCCAAAGGCUCAACCACAAAAUCAUCUAACACAACUAUUAAUAAUCCCUACUAUUACUAUUUAACAAAAAUUGUUAAAAAAUUUAUGGAUUGGGAAAAUAAAUUCGAUACCUUGAUUAGACUAUGGAUACUUUUAUUCACUUUUGAUAUUUAUUUAAAAUGGAUCUUUGAAGAAGAAAAUUUAAAAAGGGGUAAAUCAUCAAUAAUCCUUUUCAAUACAUUUUAUUCCAAUCUAUUAUCCACGAAAUAUACUUUUGUUUAUCCUUAUCUCUAUUUUGCAUUGUAUUCUCUAUUAGAUUUAAGUAUUUCCCACUUUUUAGUUCAAUGGUUUAUUUGUACUCUAAUCGGUUGGGGCCAUAAUAUUAUAUAUUCAAAAUAUAUUAUUUCUUACACAAUCUUAUUGUCUUAUGGAGCUAAAAUUUUCCCAAUUUUAAUGAUAAUUUGGCCUUAUGACACACUACUUUCAAUGAAUAUUAUUAAAUAUAUCGCAAAUCUUUAUCUCAUCGAAUCACUUAAAAUAGUAACCAAUCUAUCAUAUUUAAUUGUGAUUUCAAUUUUUAUCAUAUCAUCGUUAAUUAAAUUUGUUGUAAUCAAAAGUCUAUUGUUUAUUCUAUUAACAAGAAACAGUAAUAAUCAUAAUUAUAUGACACAUUUGGUUACUUAUUUAAUUCAUGAAUUCAAGUCAACCUUGCAUUAUAUAUAA